GUGUUUAUUCCCCAUCCGUUCCACCAACCACUCGCUGCGCUUUGCUUUGUUUUGCUUUGCUUGGACUCGCCUACUUGUAUGCUUCCUUCGUGGCAUUGAGGUGUGGCUAAGACAAGAAACAGAAUUGAGACUUCAGUUCUCCCACCCAUGGAUAUCUUAGGGCAGAGUGGACUAGAUAGAAUAACCAACCUAAGGAUUUGAUAGGCCGGCCUGAAGUCAGGCCAAGGAAAACAUGAUCAAGUCAUGCUCCUGCCCGACGCGCCCACUGCAAGUUGCUAUUCACACAUAAAUUACCGGGCCAUUAGAGGCAAAUCACUAGACAAGACAAGCCCAUAGAGUCAAGUACAAUAUGAUUAUAGUUAUUGAUGAUGUAGCCCCUCGGUGUAAGUUAUUAUAGUGUAAGAAAUCCGCUCAACAUGCGACAACGCCGUAGUUAUCAGGUUGCAAUGAAUCGGCCUCUCACUUUUGUGCGUGCAUGACUAACACUCAGUACUGACUACACUGAUGAUUGAGUGAGAGCUGAGAGGGGGAGAUAUCAGGCAAGGACCAGAGAUGGUGGGUCUCUCAAGUGCCGUGCUAUGGUGGGGAGAGUGGCAGCUGCGCAUCCUCGUGCUCAGCAGCCUCCUCGUUCAGUGGCUCCUCCUCUUCGCGUCCCUGCGUAAGCUCGCUAUCCCUUCCUGGUUCAGAUCCAUGAUAUGGCUUGCCUACAUAGGCAGCGACGCUCUGGCCAUAUACGCUCUUGCCGUCCUUUUCGGCCGUGAGAGGAGGCAAGAUUGUAACUCUGGGCAACGCAAUAGCGUUCUGGAAGUGGUGUGGGCACCAGUCCUCCUGAUGCACCUUGGCGGACAGGACGUCAUAACCGCCUACAACAUCGAAGAUAAUGAGCUAUGGACGCGGCAUGUCCUCACCGCCGUGUCGCAGAUCACCGUAGCCGUCUACGUGUUCUGCAAAUCAUGGCCAGGCGGCGACAAGAGGUUGUUGCAGGCCGCAAUCUUGUUCUUCAUCCCUGGGAUCCUCAAAUGCAUAGAGAAGCCCUGGGCUCUCAAGAGCGCCAGCAUAAACAGCCUAGUCAGCUUUUCCAGCCCCGCUCCAAGGAGGACCGCAAACAGAGAAGGCGAGAUCAGUUCGCUCGAAGACUACGUGCAAAAAGCAAGGGCUUUUGUCCAGGCUGACCCUUGUCAUCAAGCACAAGAAGGUGAUGCGGCGGACCUUGAGGCCAACAACCAUGUUCCUGAUCAAGCACAAGGAGAAGAUGAUGUGGUGGAUCUUGAGCCCGACCAUGGAUCUCAGACGCCAAGCACACAGACAAGUAGAGGCCAAGUUGAUGACUAUAAUGUGGACCUUGAGGUCUAUAAGCUAUUUGUGGACCUUGCAUCGCCCUAUCCUGAUUGACUUGGCAUCCUAAAAUCCUUUGGGUUGCUUCAUGAGAAACAAGCAUAUGUUUUGUUGCAAAAUAGGCUAUCCAACACGUUUAAUCUUUUAUACACGAAAAAGAAGAUGAUCGAGCUUUGUGAUGAAACGGGGGAACAACCAGAUAUGAAUCCUGGUGCUUUGUUCAUACGUCUACCAGCUAACGUACUGCCAUGGGCAGCCCUCGCCCUCUUCCACAAUAGUCACAGAGAAGCUUAUGAUGAUAACGACGUCAAGGUUACAUAUGUCUUGUUCUGCUGUACCGCAGUGUUGGAGUACUUCUGCAGGUUUUUCUCAACUAAUCAUAUUUCUUCAAAGGCUCAAAGGCAAGUCCAUUCGAGUUCUAGGACGCCUGACGGGGAUUGGGCAGUACAAUUCGUAAGAUGGGCGCUUGACCUGUCUGCACGGACAAAGCUAGAAAAUGCCCAAUGGCGAGGGAGUGAAGUUCCCCCGUUCCAGUGGCAAAGGACCAUCCUGUCCAAGCUUCAGUGGGCAAGAAAGAAGGUUGCCCUGUCUCUUCAGUGGGCAAGAAAGAAGGUUGCCCCGUCUAUCACUGAGCUAAGAAAUUUCAUGAUCAUUGGUGCACUCAAAGAUAGCCUCAUAGGCCAAUAUGCUCUUGUAGGGUUCUUUGUCCACAACAAAAAGCACACAAAGAUGACCAGCAUCCUGAGUUUUUUGAAUUGCAACGACUUUUUUUACCAACAUUGGUUCAUGAAGCCCUGCAACUCUUCCUUUGCAAUAACAGGGUUAGUCCUCAAGUAUGGGAAGAAAGGGUGGGAAGAUCAGAUAAAAGAUGUUGGCAGUUACUGGAAGUUCAAUGACCGCAGGGGGCAAUGUACUCUUCAGGCUAACAAGUGUGACCAAGACCUGGGUUGGAGCUUAAGGAGUCCAUUUGACGAGAGCGCCCUUCUCUGGCACAUCGCCACGGAUUUCUGCUUCUACCACUUGGGCGCAUCAGCAGAUCACCAAUGUGCCACUGCUCAGUGUAUUGAAGAUGCAUCAGGUGAAGGCCAUGGUUGUGCUGUUUGGUGUGAAAGAUCUCAUCAUCACGGUAGAGCCGUCCGGUGCCGGGAGAUGUCCAACUACUUGAUGUACCUACUAUUUGUUAACCCUGAGAUGCUACUGUCGGGUUCUAGGCGGAAUCUGCUCAUCACCGCUAAUGCUGAACUGGAGGAGAUUCUCAAGGAUGACGAUCCAUCGCUCGAGAAGAUCCUCAAGGGCAGUGGCGGAGCUACAGUCAUUUGUGUGGGCGGGCCAAAACUGAUUGGUAUAGGAAGGACCAUUAAAAUUUUGCUCUUACGGCCAGAUUGUACACUAAUCUAGACUGAUAUCUUGUGUGGCUGGGCGGGCCAUGGCCUGGUUUGGCCCAGCUGUAGCUCCGCCAGUGCUCAAGGGUGACGAGCCUUCACUCAUGGAGAUCCUCAAAGGCAAUAAGCCAUUUCUUAAGUUCUUCACAGGCAGAAAGCCAUUGCUCAAUGAAAUCGAAAAAGAAUUUACUCAGAGAAUAAUUGGCAAGGUGCUGCAGCCCACACAAUACAAAGAACAGGUUGUUGAACACACACAUUCGCCGCCUGAUGCAAAGAAAUAUCCAACUGCACAGGAAGGUUGUUUUAUCCAUGAUGCCUGUAAGAUUUCUGAAGCGCUGUUGUCUUUGGGUGAUGAGAGCAAGACAUGGGAGGUGAUCGAAGGUGUGUGGGUGGAGAUGCUCUGUUUCUCAGCCAGUAGGUGCCGAGGGUACCUACAUGCAAAGAGCCUGGGCACUGGCCCUGAGCUCCUCACUUAUGUCUGGCUGCUGCUAUCACACAUAGGGAUGGAGACCUUGCAGGAGAGGCUGCAGAGGACAGAGCUUUCAAAUGAAGAAGGAAAUGCCGGUGCUCCUCCAUCGACUUCCCAGAUACCUGGGAGUGAAGAUCCACCUCCUUGCAGACGCUCAAGGCCUCAUGAAGCUGCUGCUGCCGGCGCAUCCAUCUCUGAAUCCGAAGAAAUAGUACCAGCUGAAUAAUCUGAGAAAUCAUUAACUGUAUCGUUCAUACAUGGAAAUAAUCCUGUGUCAAUAUCACCCAUCUGCCGUUUGUGUACUUUGCUUCCUCACUUGCAGCUGCUCCUCGGUGCAGAACUUGAUGCACUCGUACAGUCUGAUGCCUGGCAGUCUAUUUGUGUGCUGUUGGAGCUGCCAGAUUACAAAGUGUGUAGUAUGGUGGAUGCCAGGUUACUCCAUGAUUGCCCCAUGUUGAAUUCUCAAGUUAUGUAUUUCUACCUGAAAGUCAGAAAUUUCAGUGUUGUUUUUCUUCCUCAAUCUCCAUCAUUUUAUAACCAUGUGAAUAUUUGAUCUACCAGAAACAGGGGGUGGGGGAGGGAGUACCAGCUGAAUAACCUGAGAAAUUAUCACCUUUUUAUUUACAGUUGGAAAUAACCCGUUUCUGCAUUACCAAUCUGAUCUGCUUGAUUUUAAUCUGCAGCUGCACUAUUGUGCAGAGCUUUUUUCGACAAAUAUUGUGCAGAGCUUAAUACACUACGGCUGUUGUUAACUUCACACUUCCUAUUUCUACAAUGAUUGCCCCAUGUUAAACACAGUGGCGAACGAUGUGUCUUACGGUCUUACCUCGUCAAGAUUAUGAUAACAUGCCGUAAUCUUGGCUUCUUAUUUGCUUACCAGUGGAAGCUCUGCCUUGAUUGGUUCUGUCGCGACAUGCUGUUCUUUGGUGUGGUUCUCUAGUUUUCUCGGUCAAUACGAGCCAUAUGAUGCCUGUUUGUUUCCUCUUACAGUGCCUAUCAGUCACCAUUUUUUGUAAGAGUCUGGAUUUGGUGUGGGUAGUUUUGUUUUACUUUUGAACUUGAAUACCCUAUUGAUUGUAAUCAUGUAUUACUACCCAAAGGUCAGAUCCUUUUAUCCUCCUUGAUCUCCAUGAUUAUCUUGUUGAUAUAUUACCGCCAAAAGGCACUGCUCCAUCUCAAAAUGCUUUCGAGAUUGGAGUUAUUUAUUUGUAAUUGUGUAAAUGGAGUAGACUGGAACCCGACCUGACAUACAUCUUUAUUUGUAACUGUAAAUGUGUGAUUUAGCAGGGUUUUUUCUUUUCUUGGGAAGGAAGCCCUAGGCCUCAUGAAGCUGUUCAUCUCUUUAUGCAGGGAAAUAAUCCCAUGUUUGUAUUUCUUGAAAAAAAAAUCGAGGUUAAGGAGUUCGAAAGGCGACUAGCUGUGUUGGUUCAGGAUAAGUA